GCUGUGGUGUGACUGUAAUUUGCAUCAGUAGAUAUCAUGAGGCUGCCAAGCUACAAAAAGUCCCUGACCCGGUCUUCAUUAACCAUCUUCACUCCUACCUGUCUCGUCUUCCAUCGACUAUAAAUGCAAGUUCUACAGCAACACCAGACCCGAACGGUUGAACUCAAUACAAAAUGGCGACAUAUCCUGAGGAUCCAAAGUAUGACGGGGUGUAUAAAAAAAUCGAGGACGAACUUUUUCUGAAAUGUCAUCACGCCAACAACACAGAGUACUUGACGUUCAUCACGGACUUCAGCUGUAAAGACUACGACGCUUGCGAGUGUCCCAUGAUGUCACCGCAGCCAGAUAUAGCAGGCACAGGUGUGCUAGUAGCUUUCGCCCUCACGGCAUUUUUCACUCUCGUCUCAGCAAUCUUCUGUAUCGUCGUAGGCCGUACCAAUCAAACUCGACGGACCUUCAACCCGAUCGACCGAUAUGGUUGCGAAUGGGUAUCCGAACCUCUUCGCCGCUUCAUGUUCCGAAGGGGCAUGAACCCCGACUUGCAUUCCCUCGUCGCCUACGACCUCGUCAAUACUUUCAGCGAUCUCCAGCUCGUGACAGGUCUCGCGGUAUUAGUCGCCGGGAUCAAGGAGCUGGCAGAUGAAACGAUCUCAAUCUAUCACUUUUUGAUCGUCACCGAUCUCGCGUGGUUCUGCACGAAUGCCCACCUGCUAUCGCUGGUGGUCACUCGCGGGUUCCGUGAUAGCGUCAAGAGGACACACCCGCAGCGAUGCAAUCCCGAAAACACUGAGAUGACUGCACGCCUGGCUCGUGCCCUACGGAUUGUGCUAAUGGCGGCCACAUUUCUACUCCUUCAAAUCUCAUUUUGGGCCACUGGCUAUGAACACGUCUAUUCUAUGAACCGAAUGAGGUGCCCGAUGAAAUGCACUUUGGGAAAGAAAAAGGGCGGAUGGCCUAGACACCUGAUGGUAGCCAACAUGACCUUGAUGGCAUACUUUUAUGCACUACAAACCUUCCUCAGUUGGCGUACCGGCCGCAUCUUUUGGAUGGACCAUAUCAGAGGGUCACUGAUCGACAAGCAAGGCCAAUCGAUCAAUGUCUUGAAUCCCGAAAUAAUCUUCAAACGAUGGACUGAGAACAAAUUCUUGAAGGCGCUGAGAAUGUCGCUUCUAGCGUUUUGGUAUUUCCUCGCGUCUGAAGUUGGGAACUUAGUAGGGCUAACUCUUUAUUUUGGUUUCGGUGUCUACUCUCUUCUCGACGAUAAGAGACGUUUAGACCCCGCGGGGGAGCAUUUUACUGCCCAUGGCGAGAGCGAGAUUGUAUACAGCCAGCUUGUUCCCAUUUUCUUACUCAUCAUCCCCUUCAUGGGCAUCUUUGAGUCGCAUGCCAGGCACUCGAAGACGAUCAAGGAGUCCGAGCUCAAGGAGGUGGGAAGUUGUACAUCAGAGGGAUCUUGAAAGCAAAUUUGUUUCAUGCGAGUGAUGAACCUUGAGGGAGAACAGGACGAAAAGGACAGAACCAAGAAGACAGAAUGACGAACAUGAUGAGUCUGAUGACUCUGGUUGAGGCAGGGUAGGAGAACACCAAGCUAUGCGGAGUGCCAUAAUACGCCGAAGAUCGGAUUACUUCUGAGUUAGAGAAAAUGUCAGCAUUUAUUUUUCAAGGUCA